AUGGCAUCUAACGCGCAGAACCGGAUUAUAGUCGUGCUUGGGUCUACAGGCCAUCAAGGCAGAGGUGUAGUAAGUUCCCUUUUAAGUAAUAUCACGCGGGAACUGUGGAACGUCCGCGCUGUCACCAGGGAUGUCAACUCCGUCUCAGCUCAACGUCUAUUGAAUGAUUUUCAAACACCCGACCACCGUCUGAGCCUCACCACCGGAGACAUCUUUAAUGUAGAGAGUCUUCAGAUAGCCUUCUCUGGGGCUUAUGGUGUGUUUGCGGUGACGAGUGAGACAAAUUCAAGGACGGUUGAAAACGAGGAUGACCUGAAGCAGGAGCUUGAAAGUGGGAAGAACAUUAUUUCUGCCGCAAAGAGCUGCCGAAUUCAGCACUUUGUUUUUAGUAGCUUACCAGAUAUGAGAAAAGCGACUUCAGGUCGCUUUGAUAAGCUUUUCCACAUGGAUCAUAAGUUUAUCAUUGAGCAGUUGGCGAAGCAAGACCUUUCUGCGGUCACUUGCCUUCUUCCUGGUCUCUUCUUCACCAAUCUAGAUCGUCCACAGUAUUGUCGAAGAGAAGCAAAUGGGGUUGUUCGUUUUUGUCCCCCAAUUCCGCCGACAAAAUUAGUUGAAUGGGUUGAUCCUGUUUAUGAUGUGGGUAUUUUUGCCGCAGAGGUAUUUGCUUUGGGCAUUGAGAAAACAAAGGACAAAAAUUAUGUUGUAUGCAGUCCGAAAUUACGGAUAGACGAAUUUGCCUCCACCUUCACACGGGUCACUGGCCAGCGAGCGAUUUAUUCCCCGAUUUCGAUCGAUGAAUGGGCUGAUUUGGCCUCUAAAGCAGUAGGAAACGGAUUCAAAGAGGAUAUUCGCCAAAUGAUGGAAUGGAUCUCGAUAGCGCCAGAGGACAAGAUUUGUUACGGGGCUCUUGAUCCAGCCGAAGACUCUUCCUGGGAGGAUCUCCACCUACGAUCUAGUACUUUCGAAGAUUGGUUAGUACGUUCUGGCUGGAGAGGGCCUCCAGAGGGAAUUCUGUGA